AGCUGUGCGCGGCUGAAGCCGCUGUCAGCGCUGCCAGCACUGCGAUGUCAUUACGGGCCCUGUGGCUGCUCCGCCACGACCCUGCAACCGGCGGCACCGUGCUCUUUUCCAGACAUUAUGCCAUGGUUGAAGUCCACACCGAGACCGUCAAUGGGCCAACUCAUGUGCCUGUACCAUCUGACAGUGCAUUUCUUCAGGCCCUGCUUUUUGAACUGAGACUCAUAGAUGACCAUAUAUUUGUGGAGCAUCGAGAUACUUGCACUCAAAUCAAUCAUUCAUCAGUGUAUUUGGUUCGCAUUGAAGGAGGGGAUCUGUGGCCUGUGCUUGCUUUUCAGAAGAGUGGGCUGAUAUAUGCGUGUCUUCCGCUGGUUGAGGGGACCUUGGAGCCACAGCCACCCCUCCUUACCGUUACUGGGCUCUCAAAAGGACUGGCUCUUCUCUUGGGCAUUGUAGACUACAUCUCUCCGAGUCGGAAGAAUGAAGCUGAGAUGAGUACAAAAAUCAGCCAGCUUCGAAAUGUGCUUAUCCAGGCCUGUCCAUUUGGCACCCCCUUAAACACAAACAUCCACAGCUUAAACAGCUCGUUCGAUGACAUUCAGGAAAUGCCUGCAGAUGAGAAUCAGCCAGCUUGGAGAUCCAACGCAUAUAAAUGCAAACCUCAGGUUGACGUCUGCAUCACUGAGGAGGUCAAGUGUAUGCAGUAUGACAAAAGAGAGAUGUGGCAAGUUUAUGGAGCUGUAAAUUGCAAGUGUGACAUAGAGGGAACAGCACCACACGUAACCCUCACUUUGAAUCUCCCCACGAAUGGUCCUCCACUGCAGGAUAUCGUGGUCCAUCACUGUGUGACUUCUGUUGAUCCUGCCAUGCUGAUGUCCACUAGUAUGGAGCCACUGGAUGAUUCUGUGUUCAACAGACCUUACAAAUUUCCUUUCAUUCCUCCUUCAGAUUCAUUCAACUUGUGUUACUACACUUCCCAGGUUCCUGUUCCACCCAUUUUGGGACGUUAUCAACUCAUUGAAGAGGGAUCACAGUUACAAAACAAUUUAAAGCUUCAUGAAAGCAUAAAGAAUUCUUUUGAGUACUGUGAAGCUCGUAUACCUUUCUUCAACAGAGGCCCAAUCGCUCAGUUAGAACACAAAGUUAGUUAUAGCCAACUGGAUUUGUCAUGAGAGAAGAGCCUUCUGGUUUGGGUCAUUGGACAGAAGUUCCCUAAAUCUUUGGAAGUUUCUCUGUCUGGAACCGUGUCUUUUGGCACUGCAGGCAAAGAGCACCCAACUGUAUGUUGCACUGGGAACACUGCGUAUGUAAAACUGUAUUUUAGGAUCCCAGACUUUACACUGACCGGAUGUUAUGUAGACCAGCAUUCUAUUCAGAUCUUUAUACCAGGAAAACCAAAAGUUACUGCAUCCCAGGAACUGAUUUCUUCUGAUUACUACAUCUGGAAUUCCAAAGCCCCAGCACCUGUGGUGUACAAAACCUUAUUUGACUGAUUUGCUUGUGAAUGAUUUUUGUGUUUAAACGAAACAGACAUCUAACAAGAGGAAUGUCAUGAUGCACAGAAAAUAAACAUUCUCCAGCAGUUGUACUUUGUAUGUUUGCUUAACAUUUUCUGUUGAGGGGAAAACAAAACAAAUCACUUCUCUUAAAAACAUAAAUUCCUUUUCAAUGGCUUAGUCCUGGGUGACAGCUUAGAGGAGGGAGUUGGAAAUGUACUUUCUGUGAACAUUUUUACUUUCCCCUCUAACUACUACCAAAGAAGUACCAAGUGAUACAGACCAGCAAGUUAUCUGGGAGGACUCCCAGGUACUUCAGUAGCUUUGUAAAACAAAGAGCUCAAGGGGCGUGAAAGCUUUCCUUGUUCCUGUCGUGAGUCACAAGGCUCUGAUUAGACCCAACAGCUAAAAGGACAGCUGCAAGAAGGAGUUCUGUCACUUUCACAGGAUGCACACAAGUCGAUAAUUGAUAAUAAUUUUAAAUGUGACAUGAGCCAUGCUUCUGAAAGUGAGAUGAUACAGGAGUCAUUAUUGCCUCUCUCAGCAGAAGGAAUGAGUUCCCUUUCAUACAUUCACAUAAACUGCAUUGCUCCCAGAGCCAGCAUUAGUGAGGAUCCAGAGGCCUGAACCUGCUUUUUCAAACGAUGAGACUCUGAGCAGGCAGAACCGGCUGAAUUUGCCAGAGGUUCCAAAAAAGAUCACUGAGACAUUUUCCCCUAGCCCUCUAAUUUUGAGAAGAAAAUUGAUAUCUGCAGGAACACAGGAAGUGAACUUUAAGAGAGUUAUCAGGAAACGAGCAAAUUCUGAAAGACUGGUGAAAAACAGAGAGCCUGGAGAGCAGCACAAAAGAAGAGAAGAAUGCUGUCUAAUAACGGAGUGUGCUGGCUGCUCCUGCCUGCCUCUUGUUUAACUGUACCCUGUGUGAGAAACAAGAUUAGCCAUUAUGUAAGGAGAAAAGUUUUAAGCUGUAAUUUAAAAAAUGCCUAGAUUUGAGAUAGUAAUCUAAAUGGUUGGUUAAAUGUUCUAAAGAGUGGAUUAUUUCGUGUGAAACGUGCCGUUCAGCUGAAACUGCUGUGCAGACUUACCAAAGAGA